AUGAAGCUCUCCAUUUAUCUCGCUACAUUUGCCCUCAGCACUUUAGCAACUGCUCACUAUUUGAAAACUACAGAGCAGUCAACCAUUGACGAUGAAGGUGUUAAAGUGAAUGAUUUCCCAUGGUUUGGCAACAACAAAUUGGUCACUUGCCCUACAACAAAACGGAUGACCUUCCUUAAUGUCGAUAAUAUCAAUAUCACCCCUCUCGUACCCGUUUUAAAUGAGUGGGUAAACAUAGAAGCUAAUGUGCAUAUGGAUGUGCAAAUGUAUGGGAUACAUAUGAGAGUUCUGGACUCACGAACACGUCGAGAUCUCAUAGAACCUAUUGACGUCACGAAGUCCCUGUGGACAAUUGGUGUUCCCACCCCUAUGUAUUCCAAAUCUUUCACCUACCGCUUUAAGUUCAAGCCUAUCAUACCUGGGUUUGCAGGAAACGAGGUUGACUUGUUGUUUUAUAUGCCAAACUAUUUCGAUCUUAUCUGUGUUAGAACCCCUCUCAAGAUUAGGUGA